UACUACUAUUUUUUUAUUUGUUUUUUAUCUUUUUAUUUUUAAAACAUAAUAUAACCUGAAAAUAUUUUGUUUUCUUUUAUUAAAGAUACUGAAUAUAAAAUAACACAAUCUUAUUGGUUGGUGAAGCUAGAAAUUUACCUUAGGGGGUGAACCAAAGAACAAGUCUUUAUUAUAUUGAUUGAUGACUAGAUCUCAGAAUUAACUGCGACUGAUUUAUCAAGUUGGUUAUGUAUGGGAUAUACGAAGGCUAUAAUUGGACAUUAUCUCUGUCAAAGACUUCUAAAAAUUCCUCCAAAAAUCAUCAACAUAUAAGAAAACAUUUCACUUCACUAUUGAUCGAUUAAGCGACAGGCGUUAUCAUACAAAGUCUACCCCAGAUUUUAUUUUCUUCAAACUCGUUUCACAUAAGGGAUUCCCCCAUCCAAAAUGAUGAAGUUGGUGGUUUUCAUCUCGUUCUUGCUUCUGUUACCAUUUAGUUCUUCAGGUAAUCACAAAUUAAAUUAACAAAACCAUAAUGUAACACAUAAUUAAGAUUUAAUUAAGACGAUUUAUUUUUAUUACAUUUUUUGAAUAAUUUAAAUAAAAUUCAUAAAUAAAUAUAUCAAAUCUACUGAUUUUUAAAUCUAAUAUGUAAAAUUCAGUUAAUACUGAUAAAUAUGUCGAGACAACAACAAAAAUCCUUAUUUUCUUUAACUUUUAUAAAUUUUUAAUUUUGGAAAUCCAUACAAAUUCAAAUCAUUACGUAUAUUUAGUAUUAAGUAAUUUCGUUUUAACAAAUAUGGAUAACACUUUACUCUAAGAAGAAUUAAAAAAUCAUAGAACAAAUAAUAUAUAAUAAUAAUAUAGGUAUAAAUAUUAUAAUAAUAUAAGAUUUUGCUUCAAUGUUCAAAUUAAUUAAAAUAAAAAAAUUUAAAUCGUCAUUUGGGAGAGAUUGGCAAGAAAUACAUUUAUACAACUAGCAUGUUUUGUAGUAUUUUAAUUACCAAAAACAAAAUUGUAGUACGUUGCUUAGUUUAAAGUGAUGCAGUUUUCUAUGCUAUACAAAAUAAUUUAAGAGCUUAUUUGAUCUUCAAAAUGGUUUAUAUGAAUAGUGGAAGAUCUUGUAUCAAGAUAUUGUCUGAUUCUUACAUGUAUAUGACACAAGUUAAAUAACAAAUGUUAUCUCAAUCAAUAUAUUAAUGGGUAUGAUUAGUAAAGUAAACAGCUAUAAAAGAUUAUGGUACGAAAUAGCAAAACAAGAUGAUUAUACAGUUACAAGCAUUACGAAUAGUAAUAGCAGAUAGAUUAGCAAUGCAAUAAAAAAAAACAGUUGUGCCAUUCAUACACCAAUUCUUUUACUGCUUCAUUGAUUGGUAUGCAAGAGAUGGUGUACGUUGUGCCAGUGCCACUGUGGUAAAAUAUCACCAAUCGAGUCAAUAAUAUAUACCUUGUAUUAAUAUAAACAACACAUAUAUAUUAUAUUUUUAUCUUGCAUUUUUUUUGGGCUUAAGGAUGGCCAUGGAGUUACUCAUACUUAUCAAUAUUCCUUCGGCAAGGUAAGCAAUAAAAUAAUUUAGUUAAAAAAGCAAUAAAAUAAAUAAAAAUGUUUAAUUUACAUAUUUAAUUGUAAAAACUCGCGAAAAAGUGGCAAAAGAUUGUGAGCAGUUUUCUUCCAUCUUUCAAAUUCAUGUUAUUAUGUAGUUCGUUUGUACUUAACAAACACGGGCCAAAAGAAAAACUUAUGGUUUAUCUGUGAAAUAGCUUAAAAAAAGAGAAUUUAGUUUCAUAGAAAGAGAUCAGAAAAAAGAUAGGAAGAAAAAGGGUGUGAUUUUAGUUAGUUAAUGAAAUAUUGUUUUUUUAUAGUUAUCUCAUCCAAUUUCUUAAAAGGGCAAUUCUCUCGGAUAGACUUUUUAAAGUUUUUUUUCACAAAAAUACACCUCAAAAACUAAAAUGAUCAAAAUAUCAUUUUUAUUUUGAAAAUUUUAAUUUUUUUUUAUUUUUUAAAAUUUGAAACCCUAAACCCCAAAACUCCACUCUUCAACUCUAAACUCUAAACCCUAAACCUUAAACCUUAAACCUUAAACCCUAAAUUCCACUCAUUAAGUUUAAACCCUAAUGUUUAGAUUAAUUAACCUUAGGAGUAUAAGUGUAUAUUUACUUCUUUUGAUUAAACAUUUAAAUAUAUUUUGAUCAUUUUUAUUUUAAGGUCUAUUUGUGACAAAAAAAAUUUAGGUCUAGAGAAUUUUUAUUUCCAAAAAGUUAUCUCCUUGUUUUUUAGAGUUGAUUACAUUAAGGGACACUUUUUGACUUUCUAUUACACCUAGAGACACUUCUUACAUGUGACACACUUUGUUGUGGGCCAUCGACAGAUUGUGGACAAUUUUGUCCUUAAUGGAAACGACACUUGUGGAUGGGUGAUUUGUGGACGAGUGAUGUGUGGUUGGGUGAUUUGUGGACGGGUGAUGUGCGGAUGAGUGAUGAGUAAUGUGUGGACAUGUGAUGUUAAUGUGUUUAUAGUAGAUAACGUGGACAAACUCUCUGUUUUGAUUCCAUAAAUCUAUACAACAAUAUGUAGACAUGGACUCAUGUUACUAAAAUUAUACUAUAAAACGUGGACACGAACUCUGUUAUCUCCAACACAAGCACUUGGCUUCUUCAGCCCAACUGAUAAAUUAUCUGCAAUUAAAUUUCAAUCAAAAUGAGAAAGAGAUGAUAUUGUGAGUAUGAGCGGAGAGAAAAAUCGAAGAAGCGUUUACCUUUUGUCGAAGAGUAAUAGAUCUUGCAUGUCAGAGAUUUCCGAUCUAAGAAAUUUGCGCUUUCUCAUGAUGUGGAUGAAUGUAAAUUUGAUUAGAACUAAAUUUAGAUCCCGAUAUGAUGAAUGGAAUCGAAAGUAUAUUGUCCAUGCCCACAACUAAUUUAUAAUUCUGUUAAGAUGUUCAUGUCCACAACUAAUUUAUAAUUAUGUUAUUCACGGUUUCGUUUUGUUUACACAUUAAUAUAUAUAUAUCUAAUAUAUAUGAAAAUGAAUCUUAAAAGAUAGAUAAUUUUAUAUAUAGUUUAUUAUGACAAUUAUUUUUGUUUAAUAUAUUUUAGAACUUGAGAUAAAAGUAAAAAAAAAACAUAAAGUAGGAUACGAAAAAUAAUAAAAAGAAAUAAGAAGAAGAGAGAGGUUCUCUUUAGGUGAGGGUCAUAAAAGUUUUUUUGACAAAAGAAAGUGAUAAGUGUCCUGUAAUGUAAUUUGAACGUGAGAAAAAUCAUAUAUAUAAUACAAAUUGAAGAGGAUGAUAUCGAAAAGCUGAUGGACUAUCCAAAACCGAGUCCCAACGUACCUGGUGGGCCACGUUUCAGACGACCUCGGCAUCCUAUGAAGAAGCCAUAUCGUACCAUUACACUCUAGUUAUCCGUGACUAUUUUGUCUGAACUAUCAAUCAAUCGAGUAAUCUAUCAAUCUUGAUUCAAUAAAAUUAUAUCUAUUGGUCUCAUGACGUGAAACUUUUAAUUCAAUUUUACAAAAUAUUUAAAGAAUAUUGAUGAUCCAUUGUCUGACAAUAUGGUUAUUUCUCUUUCACCUUUUCUAAGGAAGUGAUAAAGUUGUUGACUUUAUACCUAAUAGAGCCUAAAUGGUCAACUGUAUUCACCAGAGCCUUCAAGAAAAAGACAGUUUUAAACCACUUCCAUCAAGGGAUUCUCCAAGAGCUCCUAAUCCAAAAGUUAAAAAAAAUUAAAUCAAAAAGGCCCAAAAUUAAGAGAACCGCCCCUUAGUUUGGGCUUAUUGGAGCUGGUAAGAGACGCGUACGUGGCGGUCUCUCAUUGCACCUCACCUGUAUUGUCUCUCUCUCUUUUCAUCGGGGUUUUGAUGAAACCGUAGUUGUGUCUUCUCUCUUGGAGUCUCCGUCGUCGUCGUCUCUCCACAAGUCGAUCUUCCUCUCGGAGUCUCUGUUAUCUCCGUCGGUCCAUCUUCUUUGUCAGUCCGUCGUCGACGUCUCUCCACCAGUAGAUCUUCCUCUCAGAGUCUCCGUUAUCGAUGACUCCUUCGUCUGUCUCACUCUUGAUUCGCUGUCAAUCCGUGUUCUCUGUCGAUCGGUGCGCCUUCUUCGUCCUGAUGGGUUUCGCUUUGACUUCCUCCACGAAGCUUCUCUUCCGCCAGCUCCGUCGUGAUGGGUUUCACCGACGUCUCUUCUCCUGAGUGUAAGUGGCUUUCUUCUUCAUAAAAAUUCUAUUUUGCUUUUCUUGUUUGUGUUCUUGAGAUUGAUGAAGUGAUCUGAUUGUCUUGUCGAAAUGGGUUUUUGUGAAAUCAACGUGAUCUCAUCGUUUUGUUGAGAAAGAUGAAAUUUUUUUGAGAAGUGUUUUACAAUCUUAGAUCAGGUUAAUGUUUUUUUAGAAGUGUUUUUUGAAAUGGUUGUGAUCAUACAUAACGUUCUUGAGGUUGAUGAAUGUGAUCUGAUUGUUCUUGAGGUUGAUGAAUGUGAUCUGAUCUGAUUCAUACAAAACGUUAUGUUCUUAGUAUAUGCUUCACUUGAUUUUACUCUGUUCAAGCCUCUGUUUUCUCAAAUAUUUUUGUAUGUUUUCUCAUACAUUUUGCUGUGAUUUCACAUACAUUUUAGUCUGUUUUCUGAUAGAUUUUAGACUGUUAUUUCUUUGUUGGUUGUGUAUAAGGGUUGGUUCGUAUCUCAGAGGCAUUGAAGUGUUCGCAUCUCAGAGGCAUUGAACCCAUGCGAGCCUCUCGGAAACGGCUACAACUUCAUCAAAGCAAGAGGUAAUUACUCUUUUCUUUUAAAAAGUUGUUAGAUAUUUAUUAGCCGGAAUUAAAUGGACUUGAAUGUAUGCUGGUAGGUGUUUGUUGCGUGUUUAGAUAUUGGUUGAAGUGAUUUACAUUUUGUUUUCUUGCUUGUUAUAGUUAUAGGUAAAGGCAUUGAUUGCCAUUAAAAACACACUAAACUCUCCUUAACAUUGCAUUUAAAAUCGAACAACUCUCCCCUUCUUGCUUAAUAUCUCCUUCUUCUUUGAUAAUUCCUAUAUCCUUCUUCUUCGCUAUGGAUCAAUUUACUCAAACCGAUAGCUUUCAAAACCUCUUAAACAGUCAACACCCAAACACCUCCUUCUCCUUUGUGACUCGUGAAGCUAGUGUAGACCUGUCUUCCUCGGAUGCCUCUGUCUUCGGAUCACAGUGGGCUGAUGAUGGAAAAGAAGAUGAACUCGUGGUGUCUGACCGUAAAGAAAGAAGAAAGUGGUCACCAACUGAAGAUAUCGUUCUCAUAGGUGCUUGGUUGAACACAUCGAAAGAUCCUGUCGUGGGUAAUGAACAGAAGGCAAUUGCGUUUUGGAAACGGAUUGCCUCCUAUGUUGCUUCAAGCCCAAAGCUCUCUGCUUUGCAAAAGAGAGAGCCUAGCCACUGUAAACAAAGGUGGGGGAAAAUUAACGAGGGUGUUUGUAAGUUUGUUGGGUCUUAUGAAGCUGCAAAGAAAGCCAAAUCUAGUGGGAUGAAUGAGGAUGAUGUUUUGAAGAUGGCUCAUGAGAUCUUCUUUAAUGACUACAAGGUCAAGUUUACACUUGAGCAUGCCUGGUUGGAGCUUCGCCAUGAUCAAAAAUGGUGUGGAGCUUCUUCAACUAAAGACAAAGUAAUCUCCAAAAGAAGAAAAUUGGAUGACCAAUCAGCACACUCAUCGACCUCGGUGCCAGGUUACGGUGGAGAGGAGGAAGCCAUGGCUCGGCCUGUUGGUGUCAAAGCAGCAAAGGCCAAAGCUAAAACCAAGCCAACGAGUUCUUCAGAAGCAGUGGAGUUUCAGGGUCUGUGGGAAAUAAAACAAAAGGAUUUUGAAAACAAGGACAAGCUUAACAAGCAGAAAUUGCUUGAGAACCUCAUUGCCAAGACAGAGCCUCUGUCUGAACUAGAACUCGCUUUGAAAAACAAAUUAAUAUCUGAAAUGUUGUUAAGUUAGAAUGACUCGGGUCUUUAUGCUUAAGUUUGGUCUGUAUGCUGGUUUCUUUUUAUGGUUAAUGUCGGGUCUGUAGUUUGUUAAUGUCGGGUCAUGUAUGAUGGUUUCUUUUUAUGGUUAAUGUCGGGUCUGUAGUUUGUUAAUGUCGGGUCAUGUAUGCUGGUUUCUUUUUAUGCUUACUGCUGUUUGUUUCUCGUCUUGGUUAACGCUUAAUGUCUGAUGCAACUUGGUUAAUGUUUUACUGUCUUGGACUUGAUUGUAUGAUGCAACUCUGAUGCAACUCUCUUUGUUUUAUUGCAGACGAAGACAGAACACUUACCAUGUGACAUAAGACUUACCAUGUGACAGAAGAAGACAAUGUAAUAAGUUGUUGGUGUGUUUUGUAUGAUAUGUUUCACGUUUCUUGUAGUUGUACCAAACAAUUUGAAACUUGUCUUUAUAAACUUGUGAGAAACAACACAAUAUAAAACUUGUCUUUAUAAACUUCUGAGAAACAAAACAAAUUAUCUUUGAAAACAAAUCAAACAACAACAAUACGAGCAAAACAAAUUUCCUAUUGUUUUGUUUUGUUUCCCUUACAAGCUUUACAAGUUCUCUUCUUCGCAUCAUUCUUCACAUCAUUCUUCCCAUUUUCAUUUCCGAAGCUUUAAAUGGCAUCAUCUUCUUAUAAUAAUUUUGAAGAAAUAGAUGAAAGAUUUGAAGAAAUUUUCGAGCAACGAUUUGAAAAUCUUCUCAUUCAUCAUGGCGAGCAUGAAGAAGCCUCAAGGUCUAAAAAGUCACGAGUCUACAUUGAAAGAGAACGAGAACAAGGACACAUGCAGUUAUGGAACGAUUAUUUCAGUGAAGAUGCAACAUAUCCUUCUCACAUGUUUCGACGCCGUUUUCGAAUGAACAAGCGUAUCAUUCUGUAGUGAUCCCAAGAUACAUCAACAAUUGAAAGCUGAUUUAGUUGAGAA